AUGUCGGUGGCCUUGCUGCGGCGCGGCCUGGAGCUGCUAGGGGCUCUGGCGCCCCAGGUCGCCUGCGGCCUGGCCAAAGCCAGCGGGACUCCGGAGCAGCGGCCCAGGAAGGCGAAAGCGACCCAGGCACAAAAGCUGCGGAACUCUGCCAAGAGGAAAGUGCCCAAGUCGGCGCUGGCUGGAUUCCAGAAGCGAGAGAAGCAGAACUACCUUGGAGCAAACCUGAAGUUUAUGACUGCUUCCAGGAACACCAUGGCUGAGAACGUCAUCCGGAAGAUUCUUUAUCAGAACCGGGGCCGCAAGGCCUGUGACCCGCCUGUAACCAAGACUAAAAAGAAGACUGAGGGCACUGUGUUCACUGAGGAAGACUUCCAGAAGUUCCAACAGGAAUACUUCGGCAGCUAGGCCCCAGCGGGGUAUAUAGUCUUGAAGCCUGCAUUGACCCCAGGACCCCAUAAAGGGCACAUCAGAUUGGGUCAGGGAUGCCGUAAAACUAGAGCCAGUGCUGGGGGCCGGGUGGUG